AUGGAGCGCGUCAGCGAUAGCCUCCCCAUUCUCUAUCUUGGCCUCGCCGCCGGGAUCUACUUCAAACCGGAGUAUGCUAUCUUCAAUUCCAGGGUUGUGACGGUCGCUGUCAUUUUCGGGCUUAUUACUAUGUUCAGGAUUGUUUAUCGGCUUGUCUUAUAUCCUGACUACUUCACUCCAUUGAAACACAUUUACUCACCUGCGGGUCGAAGUUGGCUCACCGGCAAUUCUCCAAGUUUCUUGCUUGAGACCCCAUUUCCGCAGCUACGGGAGUGGGCCAAAAGCAGACCCAAUCAAGAUCUCUUGCGGUACUAUAUUGUCGGAAAUGUCGAAAGAGUGAUUUUGACAAGCCCAAAAUCAUUGGGCGAGCUUCUUGUCACGAAAGUUUACGACUUUGAAAAACCAGAGUUGGUUCGGCAGAGCUUGCGGCGUAUCACAGGUGAUGGAAUUCUACUUGCUGAAGGUGAAGAGCACAAGACGCAACGCAAGAAUCUUAUGCCAGCCUUUGCCUAUCGCCACAUCAAGAACCUCUACCCAGUCUUCUGGGCCAAGAGUGUAGAAAUGGUGAAGAUGAUUGAGGAUGACCUUCGGAGCAGAAAGGCCGAUGGCAAUAACGACAAAACUGUCCAAAUCAGUAACUGGGCCAGUAGAGCAACCCUGGACAUCAUCGGCGUCGCCGGUAUGGACCAUGAUUUCGACUCUCUUCGUGAUCCUGAGAACACCCUCAACCAAUCCUACCGCAAAAUCAUGUCCUCGCCACCGCUCAUUAUGAAAAUCAUUUUUGUAACAUGUGUGCUAUUCGGUAAUCCAUCGUGGGCCCACUCAUUACCGACGAAACGCAACAAGGAUAUCAAGCAGAGUGGCGAGAUCAUCCGCAACGUCGCACGUCAGAUGAUCCGACAGAAGAAGGCAAAGAUGGAAGACCCCAAAGCCGAAACCGGCAUUGACAUUAUCUCCGUCGCACUAAGUAGCGGCACCUUUGACGAAGAAAACCUUGUCCACCAAUCCAUGACCUUCUUAGGUGCAGGCCACGAGACAACUGCCACAGCGCUACAGUGGGCCGUCUACGCACUCUGCAAGAACCCCAACGUCCAAACACGUCUGCGAGAUGAAAUCCGCGCCAAUCUUCCUUCCCUCGGCGACCCAACUCCAAUCUCUGCAGCCGCGGUUGAUAACCUGCCCUACCUAAACGCAGUGUGCAACGAGGUUCUCCGCUUCCACCCCUCUGUUCCGUUAACCAUACGCAAGGCAGUCCGUGACACAACUCUUGCCGACACGCACAUUCCCAAGGAUACGGUAUUGAUCAUUGCUCCGCAAAUCCUGAACCGGAUGGAAGAGCUGUGGGGACCAGAUGCGAAUGAAUUCAACCCAGACCGCUUUAUGGGUCCCGGUAAGGCUAAUACCGGCGGCGCGGUCAGUAAUUAUGCCUUUUUGACUUUCCUGCAUGGGCCACGGAGUUGCAUUGGGCAGGGCUUUGCGAAGUCCGAGCUGGCUUGCUUGAUUGCUGCUGUCGUCGGUCGGUUCCACAUGGAGCUCAAGUAUCCUGAUGCUAAAUUGGAGAUUCGAGAAAGCGCCACUGUUUCCCCUAAAGAUGGGGUGCUUGCUUUGCUUACACCUUUGGAGGGAUGGUAG